ACUCUCUCAGCCUUGUCCUGGACCCCUGCAGCUGCCAAAUUUAAUAUCCCUGGCUUCCCUAAGAAGGAGAAGAAACUAGAGAGAAGGUUGGAGAGUGAGGAAGGGUUGUAUGAUGAGCUCCGUCAGCUGUAUGACCGGGGGGAGACGGAGACUGCUGAAACUGAAAAUGCAGGAGAUUAUGAGGAGAUUUAUCAGUCCGUUGUCUCACCAAACAAACCUAGAAGAACUAGAUCAUUUAUCAGUACUCGGAGAAGUAAGAGAGAAUAUCCCAUCAAAGAGUUUCUUGAAACGGAAGAAAAUUAUCUAGGAAAUCUUCUAAUGGUUCGGGAUUUCUUCCGGGACCAGAUCAAACAGCUUUCUCCGGAGCUUAAAUCCUUAAUUUUUAAAAACCUUGAUGAAAUGAUCCUACUCCACUCAACCGUCCUACAGGAACUCAGAGAAUCCAAGAAUGAUGUUGGGAAGGUUUUGAUGAAAAACUUCUCCAUGUUCUCGAUAUACAGGGAGUACUGUGUCGGGUUGUCUAGAGUUCAAACAAUAAUUCAAAAUGAAGAGCUUAGAAAUCCUGAGUUGAAACAGGAGCUACAAGAAUGUCGUCUCAGAUCAAAAUCUUCUUUUCCUCUCUCCGCUCAUGUUGUUAUACCGUUCCAACGCCUUCUCAAGUACCAUCUAAUGCUGGGAGAGAUUCUUAAGUUUACAGAAGAUACUCAUCCUCAGUUCUUUAACCUUCAACUUAGUCAACAGGCAUUUACUGAGUUUAACCUUGAGAUUAACGAGAUGAAAAGGUCGGAAGAACAAGAGGAGUCACAAGUAUCUCAGGACACUAAGGAUCUCCAGAUACUGGAGAAGGUUGAGAGAUCAAUAAAAUCCAUGAAUCUCCCGUCCUGGUCUAAACUCAAGGAUUACGGACGGUUAGUGAGAGCUGGAGAUCUAUGUGGGUUCGGAAACCAGGGAGAAGCAGAAUAUGCAUUCUUACUUCAGACAAUCAUUAUCUUCUGCUCUAAACCUAGGAUUCUGCAACACAGGUUCCGGUUCAAGUUUGCUCUAAAACUGAAGGAUUAUGAUAUUGUAAAUGGAGGAGAUCACAUAAGGAUGCAAAGUAAGAUGAAUUUAAUUCCUCCCCUAGUUCUUACCUGCAAGGGAAAGCAUGAUAUCAGAGUAUGGUACCGUGACCUGGAGAUGUGCAGGAACCUACUCAGUCCGGCAGAUCAGCGCAAUCAUACUCUGGUCCUAACCAGCAUGCCCGGGCAAACCUGCGCUCACUGUGAUACAAAACUUCUAGGUUUAAUUGGACAAGGAUACAGGUGCCGAACCUGUCUCAAAGUUCUUCAUCUGAACUGUUAUCAAGAAACGUCCUGCUCCGUACUAGAGCACGGUGUGGAGUUUAGAAGAGCUGGGAGUAUAGUUCUACCAACCCUGUCAGAUCGAGGAUCUAUGGGUUCAACUCUAUCCUUGGCUAUGGUGCAGAGAGAUAACUCGGAGCAAGUCCGCCAGCUUCAGGCGGAGUGGGCGGAGGAAUCGAGUAAUCUACCUUUGGAGUAUCAGGCCUGGUAUGCAGGAAGGAUCUCCCUGGAGACAGGGACGGAUAGAUUAAAAUCUCUCCCGGUUGGAACCUUCCUUGUGAGACAACGAGGACCAGGUCAAGACUUUGCUCUGGAUAUAAAAACUUCUGAGGGAGUUAAACAUCUCAAGAUAUUCUGUGAACUAGAUCAACACAAUUGUGAAAAAUUCAGCUUUUCUCAAGCUCGUAGUUUUCAGUCGAUAACAGAGCUAAUUGGAUACUACAGGACGAAUGAUCUCCUAGAGAACUUCAGUUACAAACACAUGAUAGGAGUAAAACUAGCCCUGCCAUAUAAGAAUGCUUGAUGAAGAAAAGAAAAGUGUCGAAUCUAGUGAUUUUUAUGUAAUAAUAAUAGAAAUUAGGUACAGGGAGUCCCAAGAAACAUGACAGUAGUAAGACGAUUUAAACGUCGUCUUUUAUUGUUAAUAUAAUUUUCUGCAUAUAUUUGUCAACAUUGUUUUUAUGAGUAAAAUUUUUGAGUUAAUAAUCAAAAAUACCCUUAGUCCUGGCAUUUCCAAAAUGUGCUCUGCUUUUAUAUUACCCGAAAUAUCAAGAAUUUCCUUCAGAUUUCAACAAUUUUGGUUUUACAUAACAAAAUUGAAAUCUGAACGAAAUUCUUAACAUCUCUGGUAAUAUAACAGC